AUGGCGGAAGAGGCUCCAAGACGGAGCGCCAGACGGAAUUUUGGACAAAGGCCGUCCAGAUUCCUCUCCGACCAGGAAUCUGUUCGGAGCCGACGCAAGGCGAAGACGCCCGCACAGUCGGCCAGCGAGUACGAUCACAGCAGCCUAGAGAGCUGCAGGAGGGCCGCGAUCGAACGACGAGAACAAGAGAUGGAGCUGGAAGCAGCUGAACGGAUCGCGGAGUUGAAACGCCAGGAACUGGCCCUUGAGAUCGAGCUUGCCAACAAGAGGCUAGCCGUGGAGCGAGCCAGGGCAGCAGAACAACGUGAAAGUUUGACCGGCGCUACUAGUACUGAGUAUGAGGAACCGCACGUAGAAUUUGCAGUUUCUGCAUCUGGCAACGCGGAGAUCCAUGCUCAGUCGGCGGAUGGAGAGCAGUCCUCCUCCGACGAGUUCAGUGGCGGUGAGGCGACUGGGCUUGGUGGCAGUUUGCCUGGGGUCCGGAGUCGUAGACCUUUGGCAUCGGCACGGAUCCGUUCCCCGAACAGCGCCCUGAGCACGGUUCGAUCCGACGGAGAGAUCCCGCCACCAACGAGGAGCAGGGCCAGACAGUACAGGAGCGACGCAGACGCAUCAGUCACGGUUUCUGGUGUUUUCAGCACACGCGCUCCUGACUCCAGAGUGCAAGCAAGUGACAGGUCAGUGUUGCAGCAGAACACUCAAGUGCAGCCUCUGAGUCUGACUGGUGUGAGUGCUAGUGGGACAGUCCAGCCCUGUUUGGCAGCUACUAGUACUAGUACUAGCCAGAGUGUACAUGUAGCAGCAAGCAGUGGUACUAGCCAUGUGACAACAGCACAUAGUAGUAUGAACCAAAGACCAGCCCAUAGGCACAGAGCUAGCCUAUUGCGUUACAACUCACCUGCUGCCAGCAACCAGCCUACUCCCACAGCCACCUCUGGACAGGCCCAGCCCAGGAAUGACAGACCAGUGCCAGCACCAAGGGUCAGGAAGAGUGCCAAGCAAACAGCUGACAAGAGUGCAUUGAGCCAUGCUGCAGCAGAGUUUGUGCCAUUGGCACCUGCACCACAGCAAGCGAAUGUGUUACCUGGUGGCGGCACGAACUGGCCGGAUGCGUUCUACCAGCUUUGCCUGGGCAGGUCCCUGAAGCCGCUCGACUUGCCGAAGUUUGACGGUCAGAGACCGUCGUACCUUAAGUGGAAACAGCGAUUCCUCCACUUGGUCCAUGAGAACCCGCUCAUGUCUGAGGACUACAAGCUGGCUCACCUUCGGGAGGCAUUAGCCGGCGGUGCUGCAGCAGACCUAAUUGCAGACGUGCUGGAUGGUCCAGGCGCCUACACUGCCAUCAUGGAGGAGCUGGAUCGAUGGUUUGGUGGGAAGGACCGCAACCUAGAGCAACAGGAGCGAGAGCUCAUGGCAUGGCCUCGCAUUACCAACGAGAGAGACCUGGCAACAAUGAAGCAGUUUGCCGUGAAACUGCGAAACACGUUGCUCAACAUGAAAGUGGCCAACAUCACUCCAGGCCGUGAGUUGUAUUUGUCGAUUACGCAGAAGGUGCCAAGGGCAGUGCUGGCGGCAUAUUUUGACAAGUACGACGAUACACGGUGCGACGCUGAGACGUUCUCGGAGUUCGUCAUGAAACGCGUGCACAAAAUGACGCGUGUGGAUGAGCGUCUCGCGCCUCAGGAACCAACCAGCUCCAGCAAGCUAACAGGCCAAUCAGUUCGGCCGCCGGUUCCCCCCAGACGACACAUGCCAUCAAUGCAGCACACUCUGGCGGCAGCAAUAGAGCCUUGCGGCCUCUGUGGAGACCCUCACCAUCUCGCGAAGUGCCCUGAUUUCCAGAGGCUUACAGUCGAUAAGCGGUGGGAUUUUGUGCGCGGGCACAAAGGUGUGUGCAGCUGUUGUCUCUCCCGUGGUCACUGGUCCAACGAGUGCAGGACCAACUGCAGCAUAUGCAAGCGACGUCACCAUCAACUGCUACACUCAGACCGAUCGAAGAGGGAGUUUAGCAGAGCUGAUCAGGCAAGGUGGUCGCCAGCGGACGCCAACGGUGGUCGACGAGAAACAGCACACACGACCAUGACCAUUGACACAACUCUAGCGGCUGACAGGAAGUCGGGAGAACAGCAAGAAACAACCUCUGCACCAUUGUCAUUUAUGACUGCGCCGGUUCUUGUCAAGUACCGUGACGGAUGUGUAAGAGGGACGGCACUCUUAGACCCGGCAUCUUCAACCAGCUACGUUAGGCAGCACAUUGCCUCAGCAGUCGGAGCAGACGGCCCACGUGAGCCACUAACCGCAUCGGUCUUGAGUGGUGAGGUAGUGAGCGGAGUGUUUGAACAUGUGACUAUCUCCGUUGAGGCAGUUGACGGCUCAGCGGCAUCUGAGUUCCGUGCUUGGGCCAUGCCAUCGGUGUGCCCUAGUGUCAAACCUGUUGACUGGAGUACAACCAAGUAUGCCUGGGAGGACCUCAAGGACAUACCAUUUCCAGCUCUGUGCAGUGGGCAGAUUGACGUGCUGAUCGGCCUCAAUGCAAUCCAGCUUCAUACUGUGCUGGAAGAGAUUACCACACAGCACCCCAGCCAUGUAAUUGCCCGGCACACUCCACUAGGCUGGGUAUGUCUGAGCCCAGGGAGAGCUGAGUCGAGCCCGGCCAGUUUUUCAGCAGUUGUCACGCCGACCUCAGAAGAGAUGAGCCUCGAGGUACUCGUCAGAAAUCACCUUGAGAUGGAGUCAGCUGGCACGAGGCCACCCAGUUACGACAGCAUGCCAUCAGCAGACGAUAGGCAAGUCGAAGAGCGUACAACUGCCACGGCGCAGUUUGCCAGUGGCAGAGUGGAGCUGGGCGUUCCGUGGAUUGAGAUGGAGCCUCACGUUUCCUCAAAUCGUCCGCAAGCCGCACAGCGACUGCGCAGCCUGGAGCACUCGCUAAGCCGCCGUCCGAGUGUACGGCAACGGUACCAUGACGUUAUGCAGAGUCAUCUCGCCAAGGGAUACAUCCGCGAAGUACCCAGUGAAGAGGUAGACGGUGACGGCGACAAUCAAUGGUUUCUCCCCCACUUCCCAGUGGUUCGAGAUGACAAAGAGACGACAAAGGUGCGGAUAGUUUUCGACGCCGCAGCCAAAUGGGACGGCCGCUCUAUCAAUGAUGAGAUGCACAGUGGCCUGGCACUUCAGACAGACCUCGUCAAGGUCCUGAUUCGUUUCUGCUCUGAACCGGUGGCACUCGUAGCUGAUAUUUCGGAGAUGUUCUUGCAAGUGAUGCCCAGGAAAUCAGACCGCAAGUACCACCGUUUCCUCUGGCGGUUCGACGACGGCCCGGCACACGUCUAUGAGUUUCAGCGCGUGGUGUUUGGUAUCAAGGCCUCUCCGUACCUGGCAGGCAGGGCGGUCCAAGAAGUGUUGCAUCGGUUCGGCCCUGAGUAUCCAGCACACACUAUAGAAGCUCUGGAGCGCAGCCGUUACAUUGAUGAUCUGCUUGCGUUGAGGCCCACAGUCGCGGACGCUGUGAAAAGCCGCUUGCACUGUCAGGAGAUCCUAGCUCACGGUGGAUUCCACUUACGCAAGUGGUUGUCUAAUAGCGCAGAGGUCGUGGAAAGCGUUCCGGUAGCAGAUCGCGCAGCGUCCACAGUGGUCAACGUCGGCGACCAUGUGCACUGCACCCUGCCAACAACGAAGACACUGGGAGUAACCUGGUCAGCAAAGCAGGACACCUUCACCUUCCGCUUACAGCAACCUCAGCUUUCAAAACUCACUAGAAGAUCCGUGCUCAGUGGUGUCGCGACAGCUUUCGACCCACGUGGCCAGAUUUCGCCAUUCAUCAUCCGAGCGCGCGUCCUACUGCAGGAUACGUGGCUUCUCGGCCUGUCUUGGGAUGAUGAGCUCCCGUCAACAGUAGCCACUAAGUGGAAGGCAUGGUUUGGCGAACUGCCAGCCCUAGCAGCGAUAGCAGCGCCGCGCAGCUUCAAGGCAUCAGCAGCAUCCUCCGUAUCCAUCCAUACCUUCACGGACGCGUCCGACCGCGCUAUUGCAGCAGCCACCUACGUUCUAGCUGAAGAUAGCUCGGGUGCGGUGCGAGUGACACUCGCCAUGGCCAAGGCCAAGACAGCGCCGACCCGUCGUCAGACCAUUCCACAGCUGGAGCUUCGUGGAGCAGUGCUCGGACUGAGGAUCAGCAGCGAAGUCGGUGAUGCUUUGGAUGUGCCAAUUUCCGAACACACCUUCUGGACCGACUCGAUGAAUGUUCUGGGAUGGAUCCGGUCGCACAGCCGUCGAUUCAAGGUGGACAUUGGCAACCGCGUGUCCGAGCUGCAACGUGCCACCAAGCCGUCCCAGUGGCGACAUGUUCCCGGAAAACAGAAUCCGGCCGACAAGGGUACGCGUGGGCUAGCAGCGGAGGCAUUGGCUAGUGAUCAAGAAUGGUGGCAUGGUCCCAAGUUCCUAGCCAAGAGCGCAGACACUUGGCCACAACAACCGCAGCCUGUCCAAACAGUGGACCUCCCUGGAGAGGUUCAACGAGAAUCAACGUUCAUGGCUGAGAAGGGUUUCACAAGUCCCGCCGUGGUGGAACGACUCCAACCGGAGCAGUAUUCAAGAUGGCAGCAGUUGGCUCGCAUAACAGCGUGGUGCCAACGCUUUAUCUGCAACUGCAGACGCCGCGUUGCCACGAAGGGGGAAGGCCAUCCCCACGGAGAGAACGGAGAGAUCAACGAGGUCAUUGCACUGUUGCAGGUGACAACAGCCACAUCAGUGCUUGCAGUGCCAGAGUUAGCAGCGUCAGAGCUACAGGCAGCUGAGGACCACUGGGUACUACAAGCACAGAUUGAUGUAUAUGGUUCCACAAGGCAUCAGUUAGCAGCCGGCAAGCCAGUGCAAAAGCAAGACCCACUUGCUGCACCAGGACCAGAGCUCGACUCGUCGCGGAAGCAGCUCUUGGUGGUGGGAGGUCGACUGAAAGCAUCCAGCCAUCUGCCCUAUCGGUUGCGUCAGCCAGUCAUUCUGCCCGCUAAGCACACUGUCACUAGGUUGAUUGUUGAGCAGCAGGACCGAAUCUGCAAGCAUGCCGCUGGUCCUCAGCACCUCCUGGCCAAGUUGCGCGAGAGGUUCUGGAUAGUCAACGGUCUGUCAGUAACGAAAGCUGUGCGCCAAGCUUGUGUUCGAUGCCGGCGACAGUGGAGGCCACCAGCAUCCCAGAUUAUGGGUCAGCUACCCGACAUCCGUACGGCUGGGUCCCUGCAGGUAUUCACUUCAUGUGGCAUCGACUUUGCGGGCCCAUUUCAGACCAAGCAAGGGCGGGGCAGAGCCCAGGCAAAGCGCUACCUAUGCCUGUUUACCUGCCUGGAAACGAGAGCCUGCCACCUGGAGUUGGUAUACUCUCUGGAUACCGAUGGUUUCCUCUUGGCUCUGACCCGGUUCACCAAGCGGCGCGGCACGCCCCAGCAGAUAGUGACAGACAACGGUACGAAUUUCUCAGCAGCAGCCCGUGAGUUGCGAGAGGCAGUUGAGCAGCUUGACCGCCGCGAGAUUGCCCGAAGCCUGGCGGACAACCGAGUGAGGUGGCGGUUCAACCCUCCUCGCGCGCCACACUUUGGUGGUGCAUUCGAAGUAAUGAUCAAGGCCGCAAAGAGAGCCCUAUACUCGACUCUUGCCAAAGCUGACAUCACCGAUGAGGAGCUGCACACGGCGUUUGUCAUUGCCGAAGAGCUAAUCAACUCCCGCCCGCUGAUGCCUCUGUCUGCAGACCCCGAGGAUCCGGAAGCCCUCACACCACAGCAUUUCCUUGCUGGACGAUGCAGCCCUCCACUGCCUAUUGAGCUUGCCGCAGAUGCAAGGGACCGGGUACACCCCCGAGAGCGCUACGUCUUAGUUCAACAGCUCCUGAAGGAAGUGUGGACACGGUGGCUCACGGAGUUCGUGCCAUUGCUCAACGCGCGCAAGAAGUGGCGUCGGACGCAGAAGAAUGUGGAAGUUGGAGACGUCGUACUAUGCAUGGAGCCUGACACGCCGCACGGCAAGUGGCCCAUGGGCAGAGUGUGCAACACGUUCCCCGGCCCUGAUGGCUGCGUCAGAGUAGUUGACGUCCGCAUGCGUGGCAAGACCUACCGCUGA